UACGGGCCAUGUCGCUGCUUCGGGAUGUGUCCCUGCAGGAUCCCCGGGAGCGCUUUGAGCUGCUGCAGCGGGUGGGGGCCGGCACCUACGGGGACGUGUACAAGGCCCGGGACACGGAGACUUCCGAGCUGGCUGCCGUGAAGAUAGUCAAAGUGGACCCAGGAGAUGACAUCAGCUCCCUCCAGCAGGAGCUCACCAUCCUCAAAGAGUGUCGCCAUCCCAACGUGGUCACUUACUUGGGCAGCUACCUCAGAAAUGACCGCCUGUGGAUCUGCAUGGAGUUCUGUGGAGGAGGGUCCCUGCAAGAGAUCUACCAGGCCACGGGACCCCUGGAAGAGAGGCAGAUUGCCUACGUGUGUCGGGAAGCCCUCAAG